AUGAUGAGCGGAAGGGGUGCUGGAGUUCCUGAAAUUGAAGAGCUCAAUCGAAUUCUGACGGUGAGUUUUUUUUGCUUUGAAGCGUUGAAUUUUCCAAUGAAUGAAAUUGCAGGUCGAACGAGAAUUAGUGCUGAAAACACAGGAGAACUAUCGAAUACUGAAGGAGAAGUUUUUGGGAAUAUCCAGAGAGAACGAGUUUCUGAAACAAGAGCAUCUGAAGCUGCAGGAAGGCUCGGAAAGUAGGGGGAAAUUGCGGGAAUUGGAAGCGAGGAGUGACGAGUUGAUCAAGAAUAUGAAGCAGUCGAACGAAGAACGCGAAGUUCGGUACGAGAAUUCAAAGUGGACACCAUUGAGGAACUGCAAAACGUUUACCGAAAAGUGAGCACUUCUUGUGAAUGACUUCCAUUUCUCUCAUAUUUCAGGAGUUGCAAGAUCAAAACGGGCAAAUUGAAAAGCUUCGAUUGGACCGAAUGGAUUUGGUCAAGGAAAAUGACCAACUUUUGGAGGAAAUCGCCGAGUUGAAUGCGGAUUUGGACGACUUUAAACGGAGAGAAAAAGGGAAGGAAAUGGAAAUGAAAGGGAAUUUCGAUCGGAAAUUGAAAGAGAUAAUGAUGGACAAUGAGAAGAGAGUGUCGCCCAGAUUGAGCCAUUACGAACAGACGAUUGAGCAUCUUCACGCACAGCUUCAAGGAAAAGAAGAAGUGAUUCUGGAGAAGAGCAGGGCGUUUUCGGCUGAGAUUGUGGCGAAGAAUUCGAUUGUGGAAGAGCUGAAGAGAGCCGAGGAUUCGUUGAUUUCUAAAGUCACAAAUCUGGAAGCGACCAUCCAAAAGUGACCAAAUUCUCAUAAUAUUUCUAAUUUCCCUCUGAAAUUUCAGCCUUAACGUCCAAUUGCUCAAACAGUCAAAUGAAAGUGAACUCCAACUCACAAUUGACGGAUUGAAACUGAAAAAUGAGAUUCUUCUAAAAGAACGGAUGGAUUUGGAGCAGAAAAUGCGACAGGAUCAGCGGGAAUAUUCCAGAAGAAUCAGCGAUAUCGAGGAGAAGUUUGCGGUUCGAAUCACUGAAUUCGAGAAACUCUGUGAGCAGAAAGACGGUCAGAUGGAAGGUUCGCAAAUCAAUGUUUUUUUUUACCUUUCUCACAUUUUUGAAUUCAGAACUUCAAAUGCAGCUGGAAAAGGCGGAAAAACUUCGCGAAGACUUUGAGAAAUGUGAACGAAAUCGACAGAUUGAAGAAGAGCAUCGAGAGCGUCUGGAGCUGGAAGUCAAAGAUUUAUACGCAAAGCUUCAGAAGGCCGGGGACGAUCGACAAAAUUCGGAGACUAGUUUGAAGUUGGAAAGGGACCGACUCGAGGUUUCCCUGGUCACUUUGAAGAAACAGCUCGAACAGACGCCAGAAUCGCCACAAAACGUCGAGAAACUUCGGAAAGAACUUCGUCAAAUGGUAUUAAAACAUUUGCGAAUAAGUAAUACAUUUUAAUCGGAGCUUUAGGAGCAUAAACUGUCGGCUGAGAAGGAGAAACGGCAGAGCACAAUCCGCGAAUUUUCCUCGGCGUUCAAGAGAGUCGAAAGGCAGCAGAAGGUGUUUCAGGAGAAGUUUCGCGAGAAAAUGACAAUCAGUUUUGAUGUUUUGUGA